AUGGUAGAGAUACCUGUGUGUGAAUGUGAGAACGGGAUCUUGGAGAACAUCCAGAGAAACAAGCUGAUCUUCAUCGAGACCCAGGAUGCUGCCGAGACCAGCAUGGCACUGGAGAAAUACCAGGAAGCCUGUGAAAAUGGUCGGGGUGCAAUCCUGCUGUCUGUGGCCAGAGGCAAGGUGUCAGAGGGGAUCGAUUUUGUUCAUCACUUCGGCCGGGCGGUCAUCAUGUUCGGAGUCCCCUAUGUGUACACACAGAGCCGCCUGCUCAAGGCUCGUCUGGAGUACCUGCAGGAUCAGUUCCAGAUCAGAGAGAAUGACUUUCUGACCUUCGAUGCCAUGAGACACGCAGCCCAGUGUGUGGGGAGAGUGAUCCGGGGCAAGACUGACUACGGGCUCAUGAUCUUCGCAGACAAGCGUUACGCUCGUGCUGACAAGAGAGGGAAGCUUCCUCGCUGGAUCCAGGAGCACAUCACUGACAGCAGCCUGAACCUGACCAUCGACGAGACUGUGCAGCUCUCCAAGCACUUCCUGACCCCCCCCCCCUCACACAUCAAUGAGUCUAUGCAGCUCUCCAAGCACUUCCUGAGAGAUGGCUCAGCCCUUCUGCCAGUCUACUUCUCUUAG